CCGGGCUGCUGCUGCGUCCCCCAGCGCCGAGGCUCCAGGCUUAGCGGAAGGAACUGAUUUACUGCCUGGUUCAGCCCUGGCACCUGAUAGAGUUAAUGCCACCGAGUCUCCAGGCCGCGGCGCCUAGAUGGGCCCUACGCGCGGCUCGGCCCGUGCGUGUCGCCGUCUCGCGGUCUGGCUUCUGGGGCGUUGCGCGCCUGGGUGGUUCCUGCGUCGUCUUCGGCUGCCGGCGGCCGGGUAAUAGGGAGUCACGCCGGGUGAAGAUUGCCCCCCCCCCCCCCCCCCCGCGCUUGUGUGGCCUCAGCCUUCUUACAGCCCAGCAGGCAGUCCCGGAGCUCGUCGCAGUGUCCUCGAGGAAGGAAGCCGUUUGUCUCGCCCAGGAUCAGCGGCCCUGAGUGGUCUAUACCCUUUUCUGGGCCGCGCUUCCCUCACAACGAUGUUUUCUCUUAUGAGCACGUGGAAUGGCAAUUUAUGUUACUUCCUAUGAGGUUGUGUAUCUGGAAUGAGAACCAUGAAAUUAAUCUAGAGUAGGACAUUUCUAAGGACAUGGAAUGGAAUUGGGCAGCAUCAGGAGGUCCUGAAAAGAAUAUUAAAGGGAGCUGAGCUACAGAAGUUUGCCAACAGAAGGAUUUAUGGGAACAACUGAUCAGAAACACUAGUAGAGAAACUUUUUGAAUUUCUUCAAGCAGUGGAAAAAAUGGGAGUCUUGGUUUAAAUUAAACAAAAUCUACACUGAAGAGAAACCAAAUAGUCUCAAAUACUAAAAGUGUGUUACUUAAAACCCUAAUGUAAAUUUAGGAAAACAAAAGGACAGAUCUUCUAAAAUUUUUAAUUAUUGUAAAAUAUGUGUAAAACUUUUGGACUCACCUCUAAGACUUGCCACGAUUCUGAAACUUGCUGACAUCCCAGGUGAAAAAUAACACUUGAGACUACAUCAGAUGUACACAAGGAAGAAGAUCUAAGAAUGGAUAAGUACUGCUAACAAAUUAUUACGUACUUACAGAUUACCUUGGUUAACAUAAGAAACACUCAAUUUAAAGCUCAGUCUUUAAGAAUGCUAUAUUGAAUGUAAUAAGAGUUGGAUUUCAUUCAUAUGGGUAACAGAAACACCAACUUCCUUAUUCACUUAAAGAUAUUAUACAACAGUUACCAAAUUCCAGCUCUCCAGACACCCCAAUUCAGGGAAUCUUGGAGUUUUUUAUCCAGGUGGAUAGACUGCUGCCCAGUGAACACUAAUACAGAGCCAUAUGAGCACCAUUUUCUUUUUUGGCAGUGAGGUAAAAUCAGAUCCUUUGGGAAGAGAAGCCUCAUUGCACCUCUGCUAUACAAGAUUACUCUGUCCUUGCCUUUGAGGCUUUCACACUUCUUCUCAAGCACCAUUUUUUAUUGAGACUUAUCUCACCUGGAGCUGUUUUUGUGUGCACAUCUCACCUCCUCUCUUCCUUUUGUGUCUUUUCCUGUGUUAACUUAAAAAGAGUAUACAGGUAUUCCUGUUAUUCCUGACUGGUGCUGCUAUAUCUGUUGAGGGAGAGGAGGAGCAAAGGGGUUCUGAAAACUGACCAAACAUGUCUUGCAGGAGCAACAGCUAGAGAGGACUUUGGCAUUGACAGAUUUCUGAGUUCGUAAGACCUUUACCUCUAGACCAGCACUUUGGUUAUGAGCCCUUACCCCUUUUAGCCCAUUACCCUCCAGUACAAAUAAAUGCCUGUGCCUUUUAGGGCUUUGAGUUAGUUUGGGGGUAGGGGGUAUUGUUUUUUAGUAUUUUUCCAAUUUAUUACGGCUUUUUCCUUUUUUUCUACUGGUUUGAAACCAAAUUCAGUAUGAAUAAGAGAGGGAAAUAUACAACAUUGAAUUUGGAAGAGAAAAUGAAGGUUCUAAGUAGAAUUGAAGCUGGACGAUCACUUAAAAGUGUAAUGGAUGAAUUUGGAAUCAGUAAAUCUACAUUUUAUGACAUUAAAAAGAAUAAGAAGUUGAUUUUGGACUUUGUACUGAAGCAGGACAUGCCAUUAGUUGGGGCUGAGAAGAGAAAGAGGACAACAGGAGCCAAAUAUGGAGAUGUGGAUGACGCAGUCUACAUGUGGUACCAACAGAAACGCUCAGCUGGUGUCCCCGUCAGAGGUGUGGAGCUUCAGGCUGCUGCAGAGAGGUUCGCACAGUGUUUCGGGCGAACAGACUUCAAAGCUAGUACUGGUUGGCUUUUUAGAUUUCGAAAUAGGCACGCAAUUGGGAACCAAAAAGUAUGUGUGGAACAAGUCCUAAGUUCAGUUCCAGAAAACGUUGAGCCAUUUCGACAAAAACUGUCCAUGCUUAUCAAAGAGGAGAAACUGCUUCUAGCUCAGCUAUACAGUGGGGGUGAAACUGACCUCUUUUGGAAGUCAAUGCCAGAAAACAUGCAGGCAAACAGAAAAGAUAUAUGCCUACCGGGGAGGAAAAUAAACAAAGAGCGGCUGUCUGCUCUUUUAUGUGCAAAUGCAGACGGAACUCAUAAGUUAAAGUCCAUCAUUAUUGGAAAAUCAAAGCUGCCCAAAAGUGUGAAGGAGGACACAAGUACAUUACCUGUGAUAUAUAAACCUAGUAAAGAUGUUUGGUUCACCAAAGAAUUGUUUUCAGAAUGGUUCUUUCAAAAUUUUGUUCCUGAGGUCAGGCAUUUUCAACUUAAUGUUCUAAGAUUCCACGAAGAGGAUGUCAGGGCCUUGUUACUUCUGGACAGUUCCCCAGUUCACCAUUCUGCAGAAUCACUAACCAGUGAGGAUGGUCGAAUCAAAUGCAUGUUCUUUCCCUAUAACACUUCAACCUUGAUUCAACCAAUGAAUCAAGGUGUGAUCUUAAGCUGCAAACGACUUUAUAGGUGGAAGCAACUUGAAGAGAGUCUUGUAAUUUUUGAAGAAAGUGAUGAUGAGCAAGAUAAAGGAGAAAAAGGGUUUUCCAAGAUUAAAAUCUACAACAUAAAAAGUGCAAUUUUUAACUGGGCAAAGAGUUGGGAUGAAGUAAAACAAAUAACCAUAGUAAAUGCAUGGGAAAAUCUGCUUUACAAAAAGGAAGCUGAAUAUGAUUUUCAAGGAUUAGAGGAUGGGAAUUACAGACAAAUUCGUGAGAAAUGGGGGGAGUUGGAAACCAAGCUAGAUGAUGAUAGUGUGUGGUUAAAUAGGGGUGAUGAAGAAAAGACUAGUCCCCCAAAAUCAAAAGGUGGAAUUACAAAGGAAGUUGUUCAAAAAAGAGAAGCCAAAGAGCCGAUUGCUGAAUUUAAGUUAUCUGCUGUAAGAAAGAGUUUAGACAACCUUCUUAACUUUGUUGAUGCCACACCUGAGUUUCAAAGGUUUCAUUUCACACUGAAAGAGAUGCAACAAGAAAUAAUCAAGAAACAGUUCCAGAGUAGAAUCCAUUCUAGAAUUGGUAGCUUUUUGAAACCUAGGCUUCAUAAUAUUAAGGAUUCCUUCAGUAUGCCUUCAACUUCUGGUUCUAGUAUUUAGAUUUUGUGUUUAAAGAUUUCUGUAUUUAUAUGAUAUGAAUUGUCAUUGUUUUUAUCAACUGACCUCAUUUUACAUAUCAGUGCCCAUAUAGUUUAUAAAAUACACAAUUUGAAAAC